AUGGCUCUCCCUAAAUCAAACCCUAAGAUUUCAGUGUCCACGAAGACGAAGAGGGUGUCUAAUGCUGUGAAGCCUCAUAAAACUGCCAUGGCCAAGAGAAGCUCUACUCGGAACGAGAAGGCGAGCUCGCUCUCGAAACUUUGUGAUAUCGCCGUUUACAUGACCGCUGUUGGGGCUGACGGCAAGAUUGACUCGUGGCCGGAAAACCAACAAGAUUUGAAAUCAGUUGUGCUCAAGUACAAGAAUCUGAGGAGGGGUUUGAAAGAUCAAGUCGAAAAGGGUUCGUUCUCAGCGGAAAUUGUUGAGGAUCGAGAAAUUGGGGAUUUGGGUUUUCAAGAUAACUGCUUGGAGUCCAAGUUAGACGCUUUGAACGAGAGGAUUGUUGCUGUGAUGAGGAAGAUGAUGAAGAUGAGGGAUGAUGGUAACUCCACUUUCAUGGAACUGUACAAGAAUAUCACGGAGAGUAGUGUGGAACCGGAUGCAGCAUAUCAACAACAAAAAUCAUCUCUUAAUUUGAAUCUCGAUCCUGUAGAUCUCAUCAUACCCACACCCAAAGCCAAACCUAAUUUAAUCGGUCGAUUUCAGCAAGAAAAAGAUUAUCUUUCAUCAAUUCAUGAUGUCAGAGUGCCGUAUAAUGGUUUCGAAUUCGAUCAUUAUUCCGUGGAUGCUAAUGAUUAUCUCAGUUUGGUGUUGGGUGAUGCUCAUAAUGAUCUGCAAUCUCAAAGUAGUAAUUAUAUGGAGGGUUUGAAAAUUGAUGGGCAUGAUGUUGUUGCUGCUAUGCCAAGUAUGGAUGCCGCUGAUGAUGAUAUCAAGUUGCUGUUGAGUGAUUAUGAUUUUGAUAUGAUGCAAGAUGAUGUGCAAUUUUGUGUCAAUGACUUGAUCGACAUGUUGCCACAAGACCCACAACAGCAGCCUCAUUCUGAGUUUAAAUGUCCAAUCCUAGAUCUUAAUGUCUAG